AUGGCGGCCUUCGUCUCUUCCAUUAAGACCCCUCAAACGAUGCUCUGCAUUUCCUUCCCACUUCGUCCUCCCAAACCCGCAAUUCCAUUUUACAUCCAUGGUUUUGUUACACAUAAUAGCAGCAAUUCAAACAACAAUAACAAAAUCAAUACUAAACCCCACAAGAAAGGCAAACUGCCCAUGAAUAAUCCCUCCAGGAACCCCAGAAAGAAACCGUCUUAUGGAACCUCCAGGAGGUCUGCCAUCAAGAAAAGCUUUAGCCAAGAGCAGGUGGUGUUCACCGGUCAGGUCUCGAAUGACCCGGUUGUUGGAAUUAUUGGAGGUGGCAUGUCCGGCCUUGCGUGUGCUCUUUAUUUGGAGAAAAGAGGGAUUAAAUCCACUGUCUUUGACACGGGACUUCGUGGGUUGGGAGGAAGAAUGGGAACCAGAAAAAUUCAUCCCGAGGGCUUGAUAUUUGACCACGCGGCUCAGUUCUUUACAGUUACUGACCAUAAGUUUGCUGAGAUGGUUGAUGACUGGUCCAGGGAAGGUAUGGUUCGUCAAUGGAAGGGUACAAUUGGGGAGCUUGAAGCUGGCGGACGGUUUGCUCCACUUCCCACUUCUCCUCCAAGAUAUAUAGGUGUUAAUGGAAUGCGCCCUCUUGCAGAUUCCAUAUUGUCUCAGACAUCUAUGGUGGAUGUGGUACGCCCUUGCUGGGUGAGCGCACUAGAGCCACAUAAUGGGAAGUGGUACUUGAGUGAGAAGGGGGAACCUUGUGGACAGUUUGAUGCUAUCGUUAUUGCACACAACGGAAAAUGUGCGAAUCGUUUGCUAGCUUCAUCAGGCUUACCAUUAAUUGCUAGACAAAUGAAGAGACUGGAUUUGAGUUCUAUAUGGGCUCUUCUUGCGGCAUUUGAAGAUCCUGUUCCUGUCCCUUCCACUGAAUCUGCAUUCCCCUUUGAAGGAGCAUUUGUUAAAGGAGUUGAUUCUCUCUCAUGGAUGGCAAACAAUACCAAGAAACUUUUGAGUUCCCAAGACGGUGGCCCUGAGUGCUGGACCUUUCUCAGCACAGCAACGUUUGGGAAGCAGAAUAAAGUUCCUCAGGAAAGUAUUCCGACUGCUGCAGCGGAAAAGGUGACGGAAGCGAUGCUUGAAGGCGUUGAGAAAGCAUUAGGACUACAAAAAUGCUCACUCAAAAAGCCUCUCUACAGUCGUGUACAGUUAUGGGGUGCAGCUCUUCCCACUAAUUCUCCCGGCAUCCCCUGCAUCUUUGAUCCUCAAGGAAGAGCUGGCAUAUGUGGUGAUUGGUUAUUGGGAUCAAGCUUAGAAGCUGCAGCCUUAAGUGGCAUGGCUCUUGCUAAUCAUAUUGCAGAUUACUUCCGAAGUGGUGGAACAUGUCCAGAUGAGUUUGCCAUUGGGUUGCACAAUGAAUUUCAUCCACUUAAGGGACAUGACAUUGGCCAGUUUCCAGGAUUGGACUAUGCAGGAGUAUGGAUACCUGAAAACAAAGCGUUAUUUUUGCUGUAUUGCCUAGACUGUGCAAGCUUACCCGAUCAUUUCCUCGUGGAUCGCUACCAAGGCAAACAGAAACAUUUGAGCUGUCAAUAG